CACUUUCUGGAACCCAAUCGUUCCACGUCGAUAUAUUGAUUGUAGAGAGAGAAAGUACGGAUAGAGUGCCAAGGUCAGAGGAAGGGAUUUAGGGUUAGGGUUUUUUUUGAGAGCAUUUCACUUCGCUUCACUGCAAUGGAGGAGAUAACAGAGGGAGUCAACAAUAUCAACAUUUCGGACUUGCAGAAAAAGAACCGCAUUCAGGUCUCCAAUACCAAAAAACCCCUCUUCUUCUACGUUAAUCUGGCCAAGAGGUAUAUGCAACAGUUCAAUGAGGUUGAGCUCUCAGCUUUAGGAAUGGCUAUUGCUACAGUUGUCACAAUUGCAGAAAUUCUGAAAAACAAUGGGCUUGCCAUCGAGAAGAAGAUCAUGACGUCAACUGUUGACAUAAAGGAUGAUUCCAGAGGAAGACCUGUCCAAAAAGCUAAGAUCGAGAUAUUACUUGGUAAGACAGAAAACUUCGACGAGUUGAUGGCUGCUGCUUUGGAGGAGAGGGAAGCUGCAGCAGAUGCCGAUGAGCAGAGCUGAAAGAAAAUUUUUCCUGGCAUUGGGCACCCCUUCCACUAUGUUUUGUUUUGAAUUAUAUACUCUAAAAUGAGUAAGGUAAAAUAAAUUUUGCGGGAAUGUAUUAUCCAAGCAUAGAUUGUGUUGCAAUGAGGAAAUUUGCUGUAGGGUUAUAAUUGUAUCUUCCAUUUAUAUUACUAAUUUAGCUUUCACUUUUGGUGUC